AUGAACAAGGUACCGUGCUCCCCUCGGCUCGCGCCCAUCUGGGGCCCCGUGGCCUGGAGCGUGGGGGGCGGGCCGGGCUGGGCGUGUCCCGGCGCGGGGAGGUUCGGUCGGGCUUUUGAGGGGCUGCCCGCACCCUGCGAGCUUCCAGGAAGGCAGUGCGCCCUAGGGGCCGCGAUGCCCUUUACGCGCCGAUCCUGCCUGGCCUCUACAUCGGCAACUUUAAAGCCAGCCAUUGGCUUCAGUACCUCCAUCUCUGAUGACGUGAACUCCUGGAGCCCUAAUUUGCUAUGGAAGGAGCUGAGCACUGGAGCUGACAGCUGCAAGCUGCUACUAGAACAUGCUAAAGAUAGCAUGGUUACAAAAUUAGUAAGCGGUGCCUUUUUGAGAGCGCCACAUGGCUCUGUGGUUCCUGGGUCCUGUGGUGUGGGAGUUCAUUACCAGCAGAAACCAUUUGGGGGGUUCUUUAAUGCCAGGGAUGCAGAGCAGCUGAGUAAGAAUAAGGUGACUCACAUCCUGUCAGUCCAUGACAGUGCCAAGCCCAUGCUGGAGGGUGUUAAAUAUCUGUGCAUCCCAGCAGCAGAUUCACCUUCUCAAAACCUGACAAGACAUUUUAAGGAAAGCAUUAAGUUCAUCCACGAAUGCCGGCUGAAGGGCGAGGGCUGCCUGGUGCACUGCCUGGCCGGUGUCUCGAGGAGUGUGACCCUGGUGACUGCAUACGUCAUGACCAUCACUGACUUAGGCUGGGAAGACGCCCUGCACAUGGUGCGUGCAGGUCGGUCCUGUGCCAACCCCAACCUUGGCUUCCAGAGACAGCUCCAGGAAUUCGAGAAGCAUGAACUUCACCAGUAUCGGCAGUGGCUGAAAGAGGAGUUUGGAGAGAGCCCUCUGCAGGAUGCUGAAGAAGCCAAAACCAUCCUGGCCACUCCUGGAAUUCUGAAAUAUUUGGACUUCCUCAGACGAGUGUAA